AUGGCCACGAACGGGGUUCAUGUCAAUGGCAGUGUGUACACAAACGGCGUCAAUGGGCACUCGGGCAGCGUCAACGGCAUUGGGGACGGUGGCACGAGAGCCUCAGAUGCAUCUCUCCUGCCUGAGCCCAUGCCAGUUGCCAUCUGUGGCAUGGGCCUGAGACUGCCCGGCGGCAUUCGCAAUGACUCAGACCUCUACGAUUUUCUGGUCAACAAGAAAGAUGCGCGAAGGCUCGUGCCCAAGGACCGUUUUCACAUUGACAGCUUCUACAGCCCACACGCAAAACCUGGAACGAUCAUCACCCAGUAUGGAUAUUUCCUCGAGGAUGUCGACUUUUCGAAAUGUGACCUCUCCAUGUUCAACAUGACGCCUGCUGAGGUCGAACGCCUUGACCCGCAUCAACGGAUACUCUUGGAGGUCAUCCGCGAGGCCUUCGAAAGUGCAGGGGAGGCAGAUUUCAGAGGCAAGAAGAUUGGCACAUAUGUGGGUAGUUUCACUGACGACUGGCUGGACCUUUUCGGCAAGGAUGUUCUCGAUUUCGCGCCGUAUCAGCUCCACGGAAAGAUGGACUUUGCGCUUGCGAAUCGGGUCGCCUAUGAGUAUGACCUGCAAGGGCCAAGCAUGACAAUUAAAACGGCAUGUUCUUCUUCUGCGCUGGCCAUCCACGAGGCCGUGUAUUCCAUUCGUUCGGGGGAGUGCUCGGCGGCCAUCGUCGCCGGAUCCAAUUUGAACCUGGUCCCCGGCUUGUGGGUUGGAAUGAGUGCGCAGAUGACGCUUGCGCCGGACGGUUCGUCCAAGACCUUCGAUGCGUCUGCCGACGGAUACGCAAGAGGAGACGGUGUCACGGCUCUCUAUGUGAAGCGACUCGAUGAGGCUAUCCGAGAUGGCAACCCCGUUCGGGCCAUCAUCAGAUCCACAUCCAGCAAUGCCGACGGUAGGACGCCCGGCAUGACCAUGCCGAGCACCGAUGCACAGGAAGCUCUUAUUCGCCGUUGCUACGAGGCGGCAUGUCUAGACUUUUCUGGGACCGCCAUGGUCGAGUGUCACGGCACCGGCACUGCCGUUGGCGAUCCUAUGGAGGUUGCGGCCGUCGCAAGAUGCUUCGGCGAAAAGGGCAUUUACAUUGGUUCGGUCAAGCCGAACCUGGGGCAUGGUGAAGGUGCCUCUGCAAUUACCAGUGUUGCAAAGGCCGUCUUGUCUCUCGAGAACAAGACGAUUCUCCCAAACAUCAAGUUCAACACGCCAAAUCCCGCAAGUAAGUGUUAUGACUGCUGGUCCAGGUCGCACGUCGAUCUUGGACAUGAUUGGAGGGUAGCAAAGGAGAGAGAUCUCAGUAUCCUAGAUAUGUCUCAGAGUAGGAAUGUAGCAGCCUGCAUUCCAAUACCCAUCCAUUGUGAUCAAGACAGUCUCUAUAUGUGGACUUCUUGCCACAUCUCGGGCGAAAGAGAAGCGGGGUCAUUGCGAGUCAUGCAGAUGGCACAGUCUGUCCCACUACCCAAUUCGGAAAACAUAAUUGUCACGAUAGCCGAACAGCCACGAAGUGGCGUUCAGGAUAAGUGA